AUCGUGAAAGAAAACAAGGUAAUGCUAUUCAUGAAGGGAACUCCGUCCAAUCCAGUGUGCGGAUUCAGUUUACGUGUUGUACAAAUUCUAAAACACUUGGGUUGCGACUUUGCUAGUGCUAACAUUCUUACCAGCAAAUCCGUAGUCAAAAACCUGAAGUAUGUGAGUGACUGGAAAACCUACCCGCAGCUAUUCAUUAACGGAGAGUUUGUUGGUGGCUGCGAUGUAGUGACGGAGCUUUUUGAGUCUGGAGAGUUGAAGAAAAUGCUGGAAAAGGCGGGCGCUUUCUCGGAGCCUGAAGAGGCAGAAAAGCCUGCUUCGACUGUUUCAAAGUGA